CGGGUCCCUGCGGCGGGGCCGGGCCUGUGAGCGGAAUGGGGGCAGCGCCCGGGACGCCGAGGGGGCCGGCGGAGCGCCCAGCCACGCAGGCACUGAAUGGCUUGGUUUCCACCAGCGGAUUCUGUGAUGGCAGCUACUAAGCUUGUUCCCAUUUCCCUGCUGGAACACCAGAAGAACAACUUUCAGCAUAAACUCAUACCUGGUAAAGAGGAAGGUUUAAAGGAUCUCUAUGCCUGCAAGAGCCAAAGAUAUUCAUAUUCUCUAGCUGCAGAAAACAGUCAGUACAGCUCCGGGCAUGGAGGUUCCUGUUUAGGUGGAAUGCAGAACACCAGCCAGACCAAGACUCCACCAUCUAAAUCAUUAGUCAGAUGGAAAGAAGGAGUGGACCGUGCAUAUCCCCUGAAACCAAUCGUUCACCAGCAACGUAUGAGUGUUCCAGUGGUCAACACAGCACAGCUUGGAAGUGCCCCAUACGUGGAGGAAGCUCCAAAUAGCAGCCCUAGCUCAGUGAGCAAAGGGAGGUAUCAGCCAGCUGCAGUGCUCUCUCCUUGGCCAGUAGAACCUAAACAGGCAGCCUCCCCAUGCAGAGGAAACCUGGCCUACAUCCAAAAGUUGGAGGCAGAUGGACGGAAGCUGGAAAAGAAAAUCCAAAAGCAAGAGGCUCUCCUCAGAGAGAAGCUGAAGAGAACAAAGGAGAAGCUUAGGAGGAUUCAAAGAGAGAAAGAGCUUGCUGGGGCAGGGGAGAGAAGGUACCCAGAAGUGGAGAGGACCCAUAAGCAAAUGACCACAAGGCUCCCUGAGGAGAAAAUCUUCAGAGCUGCAGUCAGGACAGAUGAUGGGGUCUUGCACGGGGCACAGUCUGCAGAUGCUGCUAUCCCCAAGCCUGACACCACCCUCUGCCCCCAGGAGCUAGCUAUGAGGAAACACAAGAAGGAGAGGCUGGUAGUCAGCAACAGCAAAAUUCAACGCCACGUACCCAUGGAGCAUUUAGCCUCUUGUUCAAAGCCAGCCCCAAAAUGCAUCUCUUCUCCCUCUGCCAUGUCAGACCAAGUUUCUGUUGACCACCCAUCCACAAAAGUGCUAUGCAUGCAGGCUGACAGUGCUCUUGAGCAGGGGAAGCUUGGACAGUGCAGUGUCUGUGGACGUAACUUCCUCUGCACCAGGCUUGAGAAGCACAUAAGUAUCUGCAGCAAAAUCCAAGGCUCCAGGAGGAAAGUGUUUGACUCCAGCAAGGCCAGAGCUAAGGGCACAGAACUGGAAGAGUAUCAGCAGCUGAAGGGCUCAGAGGGGCCUGAGAGUAAGCCACCCAGAAAGAACAACCGGAAACAGAAGCAUGCAGUUCUCAUCCAGACCAUGCGUGAGGCCAGCGAGGUGCAGCAAGUCCUCAGCAAGGGAGGGAAGGUGUCUGAAGUCCCCCUGUUGCCUCCCAUCAAAAACCCAGACUAUGUUGCCUGCCCCUACUGCAAACGCCAAUUUGCUCCCCAGGUAGCUGAGAGACAUGUUCCCAAAUGCAAAACCAUCAAGAAUAGGCCUCCGCCCCCACCACAGAGGAGGUGCUGCUGAGGCAGUGUCCAACUGUACCCGCUGCUGUGAUUCCCUGCCUUUUUCCUGCCAGGUUUCCAGGCACAGACACUCUUGCUUUCCCUAGUCUCAGCAAUGACUGCAAGUGUUGAGCUUGUAUGUACAGCAUGUUAACAGCUUGGGUACAGAAGUGAAUACCAGAACUUCCGUACUUCAGCCCGUGCCCUGGGUUGCCCCAUGCAGGACAUGGGGCUGCUUCUCCCAUCCUGUGAGCUCAGCACUAGCCCUCAGUGUCGUGUGAGUCUGCCACUGUUCAGGCAGCUGAGCGGGGAAGAAAGGCUGUCAGUGGGACGGGAGACCAGCCAUCAAAAAGGGGCUGUUCUUCAGAACUGUGUUUUGCCUGUAGGUUAAGGAGGCUUGAGUUUUGUUGUAGGUUUGUUGUUUUUUUUUCUAAACAACUAGUAGCGUCUGAUGUGGAGACAGAUGCUGUCCUUUAGCUUUUCCAUGGCUGCAGCCUCAGGUUUUUCCUUCUACAAAAACAGAGUAGUGCCAUUCACAAGAAGAGCUGGGCCAAACAGAGCAUCAGCCUUUUGUUUUCUCUAUUGCUCUGUAGGCACAGAUGUUCACCCCUGAACAUGCUGCAGAACAUGCUCAUGGGCUGCUGCAUUACCAUUUAGAAACCCAGCACAACAUUGAGUUAGGAGACCCAGGAGGAGUAGUAGAUGCUUUCUCAAUACAAGCAGCUCAGGAUCAGAAAUUCAGAGGACUAGAAAAGCUAGCAGUAGCAGCACUUACCGUUUGAGUCCAUGCCAAUUCAUGUGCACAGGACAGCAGAGAUACUCUGAACCGGCCAGAACAACCAUCCCAACAUGUUACUUGCCACAUACAAUAGCUGGGACUCGGAGUUGGGAAAGGGUGGAAGAAGAAACAGUUACUUAAAGAAUAAUGCCACACAAGAUCAAAAAUAGGUCAUGAAUAAGCUCAGACUGGAAAUCAGCUUUCUAACAGGAGAGAGUGAGGUCAUGGAAAAACCUUACAAAGAGAUUAGCACAGGCAAGGAACCUACAUUGUUUCAAAAUGGUCUUGGAGAAGAUCAUGGAAGGCAGCACAUGGCAGGAGUUAGAAAUUAGGAAUUGCUGUUUAAAACACAAGGCUUGCACCCUUCAGGGAGUCACCUGCUUACUUUCAUCUUAGUUGUUUUUAUGAUAGGGAAUUAGAACAAAAACAUACCUCUUCUUUUGCUUUCUUCUUGAGAUGCAACGUAGUUCUUGGUGAUUUUGGCCUCAUGCUAAAGGUCUUUGUCACUCACUGUUAAAGGGUCUUUUGAGGGAAAUGGGUGCUCUAUAGAUACUUUUAGAGAAUUGUCUGCUUAUAAUUGGUGACACUUCCUACACAUUUCUAAGUCAGUUAUUUUUCCAGAUUCUGAUUUUUAAUAUAUUAAACUAGUUCUGUUGUGUAAAAGUUG